AUGCAGUGGAAAUCACUCCUUCUUUACGGUGCCAUCGCCGAAUCGGCCCUGGCUCGUACUCACGGCCACCAGCGCCGUCACCCCCACGGCCACGGCCAUGCCGAACGUGUCCCGGAGGCACACCUGGCUGCCCGUGAAGUCGUUGUGGAGACUGUGGUCAACUACCACACCAUCACACUCACCAGCACUGUGACCGGUGCAGCACCCACCGUCACCACCCAUGAGGAAGCGGCCACCACCACGGCCGCAGCCGCCGCCACCACCUCCGCCAGCGACGCCGCCGCUUUCGUCGAGCUCGACCUCAACGAGGACCUCGCCAUCAGCGCCAGCCUCAGCCUCGGCCUCUCCAUCGGUGGCUCCGAAGCCACCACCACCACCUUCAGCACCAGCACCCACUCCAAGACCCACGCUCACACCACUAGCACCAGCACCACCUCCUCCGCCGCCGCCGCCAGCAGCAGCGCCGCAGGCGUCAGCUCGGCGUGGUACACCUACCCGACCAGCGGGGUCUACUCGACCAGCGGAUUCGGCGAACGCAGCAACACCACAAGCAGCAGCGGCGACACCUACGUGGGCAACGUGGGCGUCCCCUGGGGCAGCAACAUUAUCGAGGUCAGCGCCAGCGAAGCGUGGCAGUACAAGUACGUGGUGCAGUUCACGGGGCAGAACAGCGCGGACUGGUUUGUGAGCAUCUGGAACAAGAUCGGGCCCGACGGGGCAGACGAUGGGUUCUUCGGCCACUCAGCCCUCAACUUCACGCUGAGCUCCGGUGAGACACGCUAUGUCGCCUUCGACGAGAACUCGCAGGGUGGCUGGGGCGCCGCCGAGGGCGACAGCCUCCCCACCAACGACUACGGCGAGUACUCGUGCACCUGGGGCGAGUUCGACUUCGGUGACGAGGAGAACGACAGCUGGUCCGGCUGGGACGUCAGUGCCAUCGUCCCCGAGGAGGCCGACCAGACCAUCCAGGGCAUGAAGAUCUGCCGCCACGGCACCACCACCGGCUGCUCGUACAUCACCUCCGGCGGUGGUACCGUCGAGAACGCCUACACCCCCUCCGAGAGCUCGGUCGGUGGCAUCGGUGGCUCCGUCACUGCUGGUCCCCUGCGUCUCGCGGCUGUGAUUGAUUACUCUGGGUGAAUGUAACCCCGGUUGGGGUUGAGGUGGGGUCGGUGGAUGAGUUGUAUAUACACACUUCCGGCCUUGACUUCUUGCUGUAUAUUCACUGUCGAUGUUGAUAUCAUGACGUAUAUAACUGGGACACCAGUGCGAGAGUCGCGUUGAGUCUAUUUGUUCUCGUGUUGAUACCUCU